UGUGGUAGUUCCGUCCGUUUUUGUGCCUUCUGUCCUAGUUUUUAUAAAGUUUUAUGUGUAACAUAGAAAGUUUCAUUAAGCAUAGUAUUGUGACUUGUGUAUGAAUACUCUUUCGGUGCUGAUUAUUACUUGUAAGUUAUGUUCUUUGAGCCAUGAGAAGCAUAAGAAAAAUCUUAUACCAACGAGUCCAUGCCAGUAGUAUGAUGAGUUUGACCGAAGCCGUGAGCUGUGAGUUAAAUGUGGUUUCCACUCAGGCUAAAGAGUAAGAUUCUAAAAACAAUGCUAUGGUGUCUGAAUACAUAGUUAUUUAACGCUUCAUAAUGUCUUAUUUUUGAAAGAUUACUGCGUUUGAGCUUUAGACAUUAAUACAGCGUCCAAAAGUGUGUUUGGUAAAAGUCAUGACAUUGUUAAUGGUUUUAAAUUUUUCCUGAUAGGAUAACAACAAAAAGAUGCAGUACGACUACGAGGGUAGAGCUGUAUUUUCACAAAGAAAUCGUACCAAUUUAGGUAAUGCACCUUUUAUGUCAUACUCUGACCAGCCUGAAGAAAAUUCGUCCAUGUUUACUUUUUGCUGCAGUUCGACAUUUAGUUUUUCACCAGUACGUGAAAAUGUCACAUUUGAUUAUUGUAAAACCGUCCAAAAGAGUGAGAAACAAAAAAACAACAUAACUUUCAAAGUGACCAAAAAGUUGGGAACAUAUCUAGAACCAAAUGAUGCAGUCCUGUCGAGGCCAAAAAAAUGUUUUAAGAAUUUAAAUCAUUCAGAUAUUUCUUUAAACAACUUCACUGAAGAUACUUCUUGUGUAUCUCCACUUGUUCAAGAUUUAGAACAAAUUGAUAGCUCAAAGCUUGAACUGAAAUGCCAGCAUAUACUACUUUCAAAUACACCUGUAGAGGCUACACUUCCUUGUGCAGUAGAACUAUAUACUUCGUCUGAAGAUAAAAUGUCAAAAAACUCCAAUAGUUUUUAUUUUAAUGGAAAUUUUAAACAUAGUUUUGCUCCCCUCAGCUUAUUUUUCCAUAGUCGGAUGAGUGUUACCCAUAGAAAAUACAGUUUUUUACAUAUGCUCACAAGUCUUUUGUGCUUUUUGUCUGUGAUUCUCUGGAACUGGUAUCUUUUAGUAUUGGAAAAGUUCCAGGUUAGAAACCUGUAUCUUGUUAUAUAUGUCUACAAAACUGUUUUGCCAAUAAUUUCAGCACUAUUUCCUUGGAAAGGAUUAAGAAUAUCAAAGCAAUUGCUUAUAUACAGCUCAUCAGGAUCAUAUAAAAAGUGUAAAUAUUUUGACAGAACAAGAUUUUUUUAUUGUGGAAAAGGUCAACAGUGGAUAUGGUUUAUUCUUCUUCUUGCUGCACAUGGAAUUGAAGCAGAUCAACAGUCAGCACCACAUUUUGUUGUCCAGCCAUCUUUUGCUGGAGGUAUUGUUGCUGCUGGUCAGGGGAAGAUUCUGCAGUGCCAAGCUGUUGGGAUUCCUCCACCAGACUACCGAUGGACCAAAAAUGGUAUCCCAUUAGGAGAUUUCUCCAGUGACCCACUCCUUCGACUUGCCCCAGUCACUAAGAAAGAUAGUGGAGAUUACCACUGUGUUGCUAGAAAUGCAGCAGGUGCAGUUUUCAGUGAGAAAACAUCCCUGACUGUAGCAUACAUGAUAUCAGAUAUUCUGAAGGAAAACUUAACUGUCACAGUGGAAAAAGGUCAGUCAGUAGUGCUAUCUCCUCCUGAAGUGGACAGUGUACCUCCACCAACUGUCACAUGGCAGAGAGUUGGCCAGGGUCGACUCCAAGGGAAGAGGUAUUUCACUACCUCUAAUAACUCUCUAGUCAUUCUAUCUAGUAAGGUCGCAGACAGUGGACACUAUCAGGCUACACUGACCAACACUCAAGUAGGAGUGGAAGCUACUGGUGGAUUUCUCCAUAUCAUUGUCAAUGAUAAUAAUAGAUUUGAAGAGAUACCGCCAGAAAUUGUAAUACCACCUAAAGAUUCAGUCUUUGAGCAAGGAGUAUAUCCUGCUGUCCUUGAAUGUGUUGUAAAUGCAAGACCUGUUGAAGAAUUGGAAAUUAUUUGGAUGAAGGAUGGUGUGGAAUUACCCCAGACACAGAUUUCAUAUCUGUCAUCUCCUUGGAAUAUGUCGGUCAACUUGCUAAAUGUUGGACCAAUGCAUGAAGGUGUAUAUGAGUGUGUAGCACAACUGAAAGACAGAAACAACCCUCCAGUGACUGCCAAAGCAACAGUCACUGUAUAUGUUGGUCCAACCAUUACUGAUCCACCUAGCCCAGAAACUGUUUCUGAGAUUGGGCAUGAUGUCAUAUUAGCCUGUGGUGCAACAGGUAAUCCACAACCAAAUAUUACCUGGUUUAGGGAUUCUGAAAAACUAAGUAAAGAUCACACAAACAACAGAUAUGAACUGCUAGCCAAUGGAUCCUUGAAAAUCUCUGAACUGAUGACUUCUGAUUCAGGGAUCUUUCAGUGCGUGGUUGAGAACAGUAUUAACCAAGUAUCGGCAAGUACUUGGCUUCAUGUUAAAACUUUUUCAUCAAAGCCUACUUCUCCACGCUAUGCAGUUCUAAUACCUUCUCCACCAAUGUUCAUGAAGUCACCAGAGAAUACAACUGUACUUGAUGGAAUGGAUGCUCAAAUUUCAUGUACUGCAGAUGGCGCUCCAGCUCCUAACACUACUUGGAUUUUCAAUGGCACAGAUACUGUUCACAGUGUAGGUCGUGUUCAAAUUCUUGAGUCUGGAAGCCUGCUAAUAGCAUCGGUGGAGCCUGAAGACUUUGGCAACUACACCUGUACUCGGGCAAACAGUAGAGGUCAAAUAUCUGCUUCUGCAUAUCUGUUUGUCUUAGUGCGCACUAAGAUCACUCAACCACCAGUUGACACUAAGGUUAUUCUUAGUUCAACUGCUGAGCUCCAGUGUAAAGUAUCCCAUGACCCCAUUGUUCCAUAUAUUAUUACAUGGUAUUUUGGAAACACCCCUCUAAAAUCACGUUCUGAUGGGAGAGUUCAAGUCCUGGAAGAUGGAACCUUACAGAUAAAACAGGCUCGCAACACUGAUGUUGGAACAUACACCUGCACUGUAAAGUCCAGUGGAGGUAACGAAUCAAGAAGUGCUCGGCUGGAUGUUAUUGAGCUUCCUUAUCCACCAAAUAAUGUCAAGGCAGAGUUGUUGAACACAGUUCCAAAAAGUGUGAAUGUUACUUGGACUAAAGCAUUUGAUGGCAAUAGUCCUAUAACCAAAUACCUUGUGCAGAUGAGAAUUGUUCCUGAAGAAGCAGCAGAACUGGAUCUGUUAGUCCCAUGGGUUACUGCCAAGGUGAAUAUCACUGGUGAGAAACGACAUGUCACGCUAACCAAUCUGAAACCAGCAUCAAGCUAUCAGUUUCGAGUCAGUGCAGUUAAUGGUGUAGGAGAGGGUAGCCCUAGCCCAGCUACAAGUCCUAUUGAUCUCCCUCCAGAACCUCCUAGUAGUCCUCCUGUUAGUGUUCUUGGUGGAGCUAGAUCUGCUAAUUCCAUCAUGUUGCAGUGGCAGCCCCCACCCGAAGAAGAUCGAAAUGGGAAACUGUUAGGGUAUAUAAUAAGAUAUAAGCUGGCAGGCUAUUUAGCAACUUCAUGGGCAUACCUUAAUAUCUCCAAUGUUGCCCAAAACACCUUUCUUCUUCAAGAUCUAAUCGUAUGGCAGAGGUAUGAGAUUCAAGUGGCUUCCUACAACAACAUGGGUGUUGGUGUUUACAGUGACAGUAUUUAUAUCAGGACUCAUGAAGGAGUUCCUCAGUCUUCUCCAACUGAUUUGAAAGUAGAAGCUGUAAACUCAACAGCUGUACACAUCCAGUGGCUACCUCCAGAUCCACAGCUAAUCAAUGGAAUCAACCAAGGUUACAAGAUUGAAGCUUGGACUGGUCCUUCAGAUGAAAAGCCAGUUAAAAUGCAGAGGGUUGCCCCCAGCCCCAUUGAUCCCUUAGCUAAACAGGAAACAGUUAUGGGUGGACUUGAAAAAUACACACAAUACAACAUAACUGUAUUGUGUUUCACUAGUGCAGGAAAUGGACCCAGAAGUGCUUCUGUACAAGUUACCACAGAGCAAGACAUUCCAGAAAUCAUUGGAAGCCUAAAAUUUGAAGACAUCCUUGACAGCUCUGUACGUGUCAUCUGGACACCUCCAAAACGUAACAACGGAAUAUUAGAAGGUUACACUAUCAAAUACUAUAUAAAAAACCAGUUGGAAACAGCCUUGGCCCAAAAUGUUUCAGCAGAUAUAAAUGAGGUGUUAAUAAACAAGUUAACACCAGUAACAGCAUACACGUUUGAAGUUUUUGCUUGGACAUAUGUUGGACCUGGACCUUCCCGUAUGGCAACUAUACAGUCUGGUAUUCCUCCAGUUCUUCCUGGACCUCCUAGCAAGCUGGCUGUUUCCAACAUUGGAGCUACAUCAGUUAUGUUGCAAUUUACACCAGGAUUUGAUGGGAACUCUUCUAUAAUUAAGUGGAGCGUUGAGGCUCAGACUGCACGUAAUGAAACUUGGGGUGUAGUGUAUGAAGUUGCUGACCCUCAAGCCACCACAAUCACUGUGCAGAGCUUAGUACCAUUUACCCAGUAUCGUCUACGUCUGCUGGCCACUAAUGUUGUAGGUAGAAGCAACGUUAGUGAACCAACAAUGUUUUUUCAGACUCUACAAGCUCCACCAUCUCAUGCUCCAUAUAAUGUUACGAUUAGAGCAGUCAAUGCUAAUGCUCUACGUGUUCGUUGGACACCUUUACGACCUGUAGAAUGGUAUGGGAUUCCAAGAGGCUACAAUAUAUCAUUUCGACCUCAUGUGGAUUCAUUGUCAUCAUAUCGUUCUGUGAUACUUGAAGACCAUAAUGAAAAUAGCCAUGUACUAGUAGCACUGGAAGAGUUUACUGAAUAUGAAGUAUACAUGCAGGCAUUCAAUGAUGUAGGAAGCAGUGAACCCAGUCCUCUAGCUGUGGAAAGAACUAGAGAAUCUUUCCCUAGCCAGGGACCCUCUGAUGUGCAAGCCAAUGUCACAUCCUCGACAACAAUUGUGGUAGAAUGGGGAGAAGUACCUAAACCUCAUCAGAAUGGAAUUAUUGAAGGAUACAAGGUAUAUUAUGGAUCUAGAAGUGUUCCUUUUCAGUACAAGACAAUUGAAAAAAACAACACUUUUACCACAACUCUCACUCAGCUGCGAAAAUACACACUAUACAACAUCCAAGUUCUGGCUUACACACGUGUUGGUGAUGGGGCCGUCAGCAUCCCACCUGUCUCGGUUCAGACACUUGAAGAUGUACCUGGUGAACCAUCAAAUAUUUCAUUCCCGGAUGUUACCACAACAACAGUUCGACUCAUCUGGGAUUCUCCUGAGGAUCCAAAUGGUGAAAUAAUUGCAUAUAGAGUGUCUUAUCGAAGAAAUAGCUCACUAGAAGGAACGACCACAAAAGAUUUGGCUGCUACUGAACGAACCUUGAAAAUCUUUAAUCUUGAUCCAGAGACUUAUUACCAUUUCACUGUAACUGCUCAAACAAGUGAAGGAUGGGGAAAAACUGCCCAUGCUACGGUGUUGACCACUAAUAAUAGAGAGGCUCCUCAAGCACCAAGUGCUCCACAAAUUAGCAGCUCCCAGAUUCAAUCUCGACAGGUCACUUUCAGCUGGACACCAGGUCGAGAUGGAUUUGCGCCACUCCGAUAUUAUACUGUUCAAGUAGCUGAAGGAAAUGCUAGCUGGAAAACAAUUCCAUUCAAAGUAGACCCUAUGAUGAAUAGCUACACUGUUGUAAAUCUUGAGCCAUUCACAAGUUACAAGUUUCGAAUUCAAGCUACUAAUGAUAUUGGAUCAAGUAAUUGGAGCCCAGAAUCAAAAAUGGCUCAAACUCUUCCCGAUGCUCCAGAGGAUCCUCCUCGAUUUGUUACUGUUACUCCAUAUACUCCAACAUCCAUCAGAGUAAAGUGGGAGCCUAUUGAUGGUAAUGCCUGGAAUGGAGAUGUUCAAAAUCCUGGUUAUAAAGUGGAGUACUGUCUUGUGUCCACCUAUGCUGUUCCACAAAGCACAGACUGCCCAAAUAAACAGGUCAUUGGAUCCAAGGAGGACACUGUGUCCAUUGAUAAUUUAGAGCAAGAUAAAAUAUAUGAAGUGAAGGUUUACGCAUAUAAUGACCAGGGAAAUGGACCACCGAGCCGGCCAGUAACUGUUUAUGUUGGAGAAGCUGUGCCCACAGGCUCUCCUCAGGAUGUGAAAGUGUCAGUCCUCAGCUCAACUGAAAUAGAAGUGUCAUGGAAACCACCUUUAGAAGCUAAACAAAAUGGAGAUCUGUUGGGAUAUAAGAUCUUUUACAAAAUGCCAGACUUGCCCAAUACACCAGAACAAAUGGAAGCUUUCCCUGUAUCCACCUUGCACUUUACCUUGGUUGAUUUGAAAAAGUAUACAAAAUAUAGUGUACAGAUCUUGGCAUUCAAUCCUGCUGGUGAUGGUCCCAGAUCACCAGCUGUGCUUGUCAGAACCAAAGAAGAUCUUCCUGGACCACCAGGACAGCUUAUGUUCUCCGACAUCACAAUGACUUCACUGAAUGUUAGUUGGCUACCUCCUCAAAACCCCAAUGGAGAAAUUAUUGGAUACUUAGCUACUUAUGAAACUGUUUCAGAUGACAAAGGAGCCAGUAAACAGGUAAUACAGAAAGUCAAAUCAACAUACCUGAAAGUUAAUGGACUUGGUGAGAUGCUGACAUACACUUUUCGGGUACGAGCUGAAACCUUUGGUUAUGGGCCAGAAACUUCUGGUAAUGUGACAACAGGACCACAAGAAGGUUCUCCUGGAACACCCAAGAGCUUGACUCUUCAUAAAACACACACCUCAGUCACUUUACAGUGGAGGAAUGGUCGUUCUGGUGCUGCUCCGAUUUUAGGCUACUUGUUAGAAUUCAAACAACUAGAUAGUGAUGAAGAAGGCUGGACAACUCUUGUUUCUCUCAACAGUGGCCCUCAACUCUCUUACACCAUUAGUUACCAAAAUCUUCUACCAUCAGCUCAUUACAUUUUUCGUAUUUUUGCCCGAAACAAAUAUGGAAUCAGUCUCCCUGCUAUAUCAGAUGAACCUGUGGACACACCUAGUGAGCUGUUUCUGGAAUAUCGACAGAAGCUACCUUUCUACAGAGAAAUCUGGUUCUUGGUGAUGCUGGCUGCAGUUAGUGUGAUCAUUAUUAUCAUGGUGAUUGCUGUUCUGUGUGUAAAAAGUAAAGCCCAUUUGUAUAAACGUGAAGCUCAGAAAUCUAUGCAAGAAGAUCAUAUCAGUAUGAAUGAUGAAGGAUUUGCAACAUUUGAACUCAGACAGUCUCGUAGGGGAACAUUGCGCAAAAACUCCUUGUCUCGUAAAAGUAAUGGUACCCUUGUGUCAAAACCUCCCCCCAGGCCCAGUCCUGGAAGUAUUACAUACUCUGAUGAUGAAGAUAUUAAGGGAUAUGAUGAAAAUGGAGAUAGUAGCAGUUUAACAGAGAAACCUUCUGAAAUCAGUUCCACAGAUUCACAGGCCACUGAAAGUGACCAAGAAAGUGAACCAAAAUCUUUUGUUAAUCAUUACGCAAAUGUGAAUGAUACUCUCCGGCAAUCUUGGCGGCGUCAGAGACCAGUAAAACCUCCGAGUUAUACAGAUAGUGAACCAGAAGGAAGUGUUGCAGUAAGUUUGAAUGGUGGCCACAUUAUUAUGAAUAAUAUGGCUGGGUCCCGAGCACCUCUACCUGGAUUUUCUUCCUUUGUCUGAUAUUAACAUAAAACUUUAAACAGAUUGCUUGUAAUCCUUAAAAACAAAUAUCUCAGAAAAGUUGGACCAGUUCAUUUCUUUUUAGGAUAUAUAUAUAUUAAAAAGAACUAGUGCUAUAACGAACAGUUCCAUUGCCAAAGAUGUGCCCACAUUUUUUCUUAAGCUCAAAUUGACAAUCAUCUAAAUUUUUCCUUCCACAACUGUAGUAAUAUGAGCCAGAAAAGAAUCAGUUCCAUUUUGGUUUAUAUUAGUCAUUUGGUGAAAAUGUGGAUUUUAAACCUACUAUCCUGUGAGAUAUGACUAAAAAAUCUGAGCUGGAGAUAAAGCUUCUUUAACCUUAUGUAUGAAAAUGAAGGUUCUGUUAGACACUACAGCAUUUAGCAGUGCAUGUGAAAUGUCUAACCUAGUACUUUUUUUUUUUUUUUGGUGACCGCUAGAACUUAUGACACUUUUCUGUGGUACUUAACCAUAAGAGAUAAGAAAAGAAGCUUGUGGUAGGUAAACUGUAGUUGAAAGACAAACAUACAGAAAUCUGUUUUCUAAUUCUCAAAGUUACGGCCACAAUAGGUUGAUUGCUGACGUUAGAGCUCAUUGUGUUUGUGAAUCUAAAAUAUUUGUAUACAAGAAAAAAUUGACAUUUUCAUAUGAAAUUCAAGCACAAGGUGAAAAGAAGAGUGAGAGAGACUACUAGAAUGAUUACUCUUGAUACUACAUUAGUCUUGAAAAAUACUGAAAUACCAAAAGAAAACUACUGAAAAUGUAUGAACUAAUGGAUUAUAAGUGGGCUUUACACAGGUUUUAUUCCAAUGUACCAGUGUGCUGGAUAUGAGAUCCGAGGCCUUAUUACCACUUGUCUUGUUAGAAGCACAAGCAGGUGGUGUAAUACCAACAUUCCUAUUAGUUGAAAUCAUGAUGUAGUUAAGCUUUUAUUCAGCUAUUUCCUUGGUUUAAUGGUAAUGUGCAGUGACCACAUAGCCACCCCUAUCUUCUCAUUCUUUUACUGACCUUAAUAUUAUAUAAUAUACAUUAUUUUUAUUUUCUCCCUAAGUGUCUCACAGAAAAACAGGCUUAACUUGUAAUUACAUUUAAUUUUCAUUUUUAUGAAGUGUCCUUUUUUUUGAAAGAUGUAUUAUUUAUGAACAUAUUCUGCAAUAUUAAUGUUGAUAGCUUCAGGGUGUACUAGUAAACUUAGUGUUAUUGUAACCAGUCUCUGUGAAUUUCAGCUUAAGAUUAUAAAACGUUUAUUUCUUUUAAGUCCAGUUAAAAUUUUUAAAUAGUGGUGAAUAUUACAUUUGUUCUCACUUGGAAUUUACACAGACUGGCCUAAACAUUUGAGUCCGUCUCAUAUUUAGUGAUCAAAGUUCGUGUUCAAUUAUUUUCUUUAAAAUUUCACAAUUGAAGAUGCAGUGAUAGCACACUCAUUUUCUGGUUAAGGUUUCAUUUUCUUAGAUUAAUGACAGGAGAUUCUAGUGUUUUAAGGUGGAAUUCUGCUCAUGAACCGAAAAUGACGUGGAAAAUUCUAGGCUCAUUCAUUUAGACAAUGGUUGGGAAUACUUUUGGUUUUGUAGGAUUUAACAUCACAGUUCUCUUUUAUUUGAUUGCAGAGACUUCUUGUGGUUGAUCCAGUAUACCUCAUGAACACAUGAACUUGUAUGCCACUAGUGAGGUACUCCAUAAUGUUAUCUGUCUUAAAAAUAGAAGAGCCAUUUUAACCUAUACUGUUUUUAUAGAUACGUUUUAACUAAACUUCUUAAUCAUGUAUGAAAUAGCAAGCAAACUGUCUGGUGAAAUGACUUGGCAUGGGGGGGGGGGAGAAUUAACCAGUAUUAAGCCCUGUGACUUCAAACUUGUAUCCAUUGGGAAUAUCCAGAAGAAGAAAAUCAUAACAAUACAUCUUCAAUUAGGAAAAUGUAAAGAAAAUAAAAUGAACUUAAAUCAUCCUGUACAUUCUACAAAAUUAAAAUUCCUGAUGUUUGGACUAUUAUUCUUUCAUGGUUGAGGUUUAUAUCUGUGUAUCUUUACAGAAAGAAAAGUGCUAAUUAUUUUGGUAGAUUUUUUUUUUUAAAUCUAGAAUGAUAGAAACAAAUAAUAGUUUAAGUAACAUCAAUAGAAUUGACCAGAAAAUAUAUAUAUCUAAAGAGAACAGCAACAUUAAAAUGAUUAAAGUGAGUAUAUAUAUUUUUAAUAUUGAAUGCUUUGGUACUAAAGUUAUUAUUUUAACAUUGCAUUUUCUAUUCUGUGAGGGGACCAAAUGAAAUGAGCACAAUGUUAGUGUAGGAGAAGUUGAUAUGAUUAGUGUAAGUAUAGGACACUCAGGGUCAUCAAAGUUUUUCAAUUUUAUUCAUAAAUACCAUUCUUUAGGCUAUAACGUAGCACUUUCAUGCUGUCAUAUUGUUUGUUUUUCAUCUGAGUUCAAUUUCAUUGUAUAUUUUUAUCUAUUUUCAAGACCUUCCUAUACCAUAUUUAUUAUUCAUUGCUACUCAUAUGAAAUUAUCUGAAGUAACUGAACUUUAACCAUUCCAGUAAGUGUACUUAAUCAUGCAUUCAUUUUUCAGUUAGUUGUUUGUUAAAAUUACUUCUGUGUUCUCAGGAUUAUUUCAUAAUUAGAUCACAUUAAGCACUGAAACAUCUUUCCUCAUAUUGUGUACAAGACUUUAGUAUUGCUUAUUGUUGUAUGUAUUGAUAUGGUUGACAAAAGGACAGACACUACUGUACUUAAGUUACUGUUUAUUAUUGCAGUCUUUUAGUUCGUUUGAUGUAUUUGAUUUAAUCCUGCAGCAGAUAUAUUAUUGUGGUGUAUGUCAGCAAUAAUUAACUAAUAAGUAGUACAUGUACAACAUGUUUAUAUUUUUUUAUUUCUUUAUAUAAAAUAUAUAUUACUUCAAAUUCAUCACGAGCAUCAGGAAUUGAAGUUUAUCAGUUGAAAAACUGUUAAAAGAAGAAAGUGUAAAACUGAUUUAUCAAAACCUAUAGGUUGACUGAAAUUCACCUUUAAAUAAUGGAAUAACCUUGACAACUUAUAGUCCAGAUCAUUGUAACUUUUCGUUGUAUCUCAACAUUUGGAUGGUAUGACUUUUUGACAAGACAUGCUGGAUGAUCUCAAUUCUUCACCACGUGUUUUAAAUAUAGAAAAGUAGUAGUUUCUACACCUGUGAGUGAUAUAUGUGAAAUUGUGACAUUUGUUCAAGCUAUUCCAUUUUUAUUCUCAUUCUACAAGGGAUUAGGAGAUUAACUUUCAGUGGGUUCUAAGCAUCUAUAAUGUGUUUUUUUUUUGUUGAAGUGUAACUAUUUGUAUUACAUAUUGGUAGAUGAGAGUAUUUUGUCAAGAUCUGAGGAUUUUAAACUGUGAUGUUUCAUUGAUUUUCAAUAAAGUUUUAAUUUCACUGCCAUAAACAUUAAUUUAAAUGUUGUUUUUUA